AUAUACACUUGUACUGUUCUAUUAGUUCAUACUAAGUUCUGAAAAUGAGUUCCAAGGUUUUGCUUGUUCUACUUAUGUUCUUGGCCACUAUACUUCUGAUCUCCUCUGAGGUUGCACCCGAUGAUGCAUACGAGAAUUUUGACAAAAUAGAUGGGAAGCCUAGUGCAGAUGGGGUAGAUGAAAGCAAGUAUUGGCGUGGCGGCUAUGGUGGCGGCUAUGGUGGUGGUUAUGGAGGUGGGCGUGGAGGCUAUGGAGGUGGGCGUGGAGGCUAUGGAGGGGGACGUGGUGGAUAUGGCGGCGGACGAGGUGGCUAUGGUGGCGGGCGUGGUGGCUAUGGUGGCGGGCGUGGUGGCGGGCGUGGUGGCUAUGGUCCUAAUGAACAUAACGAGGCUGGGGUUGAUGCUAACCCUCACAACUAAGAAGGCAACUUUCUAAAGCUUAUAUAUGGGUUUAAGUUAUCGCAAUAAAUAAAACUUCAUGAGAAGGUUAGUUGUAAUAGAAGUGGAAAACUUUGUAAAGGAAUAAUACCUUUCAUGAAUUUCCUUAUCUUUGUGUUGUCUCUGGUUCUGUUUUGCUAAACUCAAAUAAAUAAAAUUGUAUAAUAUUGUCUAA